CACGCGAACGCUGUUGUCGAAACUGCCUCCGAUCUUUGUUUCGCUCGACCGGAAUUUCGAAAAUUACAAUUCUAUACUUCAUUCAUAUCUGCGUCGUUGGUCUCAUUACGAUGAUUACGCGACAACCUUUGUGUCUCGGAUAAACUUUGAUCGAAUUGUGCUCCACAUCGCUUGGAUCGGUCGCGAUCAUCAUUGAACUUGGACAACGGUCACGGAACCGUCACCUACACUGAUUGGCGCCGAUAUCGACACAAAUAUUGUUGUAACACCGGCAAUAAACCGUCAUCAUCUGCACCAUCGCCGAUCACGUGGCUUGCUCGACGGCGACGCUGUACGAUAAUGUUCACGCCGCGCCGCUAUGUGGCUCCGGCGUGGGCCACCCUGGCUCCGUCACGCCGAUGGGGACAGCAACCGGAGCGGGGAAUUCCACCGGGGUGACCUGGUGGGCCAUGAUGAACGGUUCCCUCUACGAGGACAGCCCGCCGCCAGUUCCACCGACAGCUUCGACCCUUGUAUCGAUUCAACAGCAAACCACUUCGACACCGGGUUCUCAUCAACAAGCUACCACACCAACUUCACCUGGUGCACCGGCGUCAUCGGCAACGACAGCGCCAUCGGCACCUACAGCGAGUGCCAGUUCAACCUCGCCAAGUGCUUCUUCGGUAGCGAGCAACAGUGCGGCUGGACCACUCCAUAUACCUGCCAAGAGAUUAACGGCGACACCGGGGGGUGGUGGUUCUACUUACGGGGAAGUUACCUGCGUAGAAUCCUCGGGCGCGCCAGGCGGUGCGGGCGCGGCGGGCGUGAUACGGCACUCUCACUCGUCCUCCGCGGGCUCUCAAGGCGGCUGGAGUUACAGUCCACAUCACCCCCAAGAUUCCCACUAUUCAUCCGCGGCGGGCGAAUCAUUGAACCAUCAUCAGGCUUACGGGGGUAAUAAUCCCCCCACGUAUUACAACCUGGCGGCUGAUCCUACUUCGACCUCCGGUUCCUCUAGGGACAACCGGAAGACUGGAGCUACUCUUAGCUUUUGGUCGCCCGCGGCUGCCACUGCUGGAGCGGCUGGCACCGCCGGUUCUACCUCGGAUUACAAAUCCUACAACUCGGCCGGUGCGGCGACGACAACGUCGUCCACCGGUGGGUCUACCUCCGGUGCUACCGGCGCCACUGAUCCAGCCGUGUCAUCCUGUCAUCAGAGCUUUUCCCAGAGUUGGUGCAAUUACGCGCCAUAUACGACGGCGAGGCAUCAUCACCCAGUCGACACGGCUGGACAUCACCAUCCUCACUCUCAAGCAGGGGUACCGUACUUGGCGCCAUCGGCGGCAGAUGAUCGGGGUAGGGUCGCUGCUGCUAUGGUUGCCGCGGAAGGUGCCUUCCCUCACGACGGAUACGGCGGUCUGAGAAACUAUGCAGCGCCCGAACCCGUUACUUCGAGUCCCUACCCACCUCCAGUGAUGUGGGGUUCCUCCCCAUCUUCCUUGUUUCCCGCAGGUUCACUUGCGGGUGUAGGCGUCGGGGUUGGCGUAGCUGGGAUGGGCGUCGGAUGCGGCAGUUCUAAUCCUCUGGAGUGGACCGGCCAGGUGACUGUGCGAAAGAAACGCAAGCCUUAUUCGAAGUUCCAAACUCUCGAGCUGGAGAAGGAGUUCCUAUUUAACGCCUACGUAUCGAAACAGAAACGAUGGGAGCUCGCGCGCAACCUGAAUCUGACCGAGCGCCAAGUCAAAAUCUGGUUUCAAAACCGACGAAUGAAGAACAAGAAGAACAGUCAACGGCAGACCCAGCAGCAAAAUAACAAUAACAAUAGCAGUAGUGCAAAUAAUGCAAAUCACCACGCGACCGGUAGUCAUCACCAUCCGAGCACCGCGCACGCACCACCUUCGAGUCACCACGUGGUCGCGCAGGCGCAUCACGCGAAUGGUUCCACGAAACAUCAUCAUGGUGGUAGCCACGGAGGCAGCCAUAACAGCCUAGUGGCAGGUCACAGUCAUAGCCUCCACACGCCGCAACCCCAGACGCCGCUGCCGCCGAUUCACGUGUCGUCGUCAGGUACUGUGACGCCUGCCACCGCUGUGGUUCACCCACACGCACACACGCACGCACACGCCGGCAGUCACCAUCAUCAGCUGGCGCACGUGGCUCAACAAUAUCCUGCGCUUUUACACCAGACGUCUCACGGUUUGGCCGCCUGAAGCAACGGACGCCUCAGAGAAAAUCCAUCGAGACGCCUCCGGAGAGCCGAGGCAAUCCCACGAAAACCGUCGAUCAAUAUCCAUGUCCACGGUUUAAUGACAGAAACUUCUUAUGAACUCUGCCGAGCAGCUCUUGAAAGACUGCCUCCAUUAAGGAACGAUAAAGCUCGCGCGUAGUAUAUUAUUAUUAUUAUUAUUAAUUAUUAUCAUUAUUCAACAAGCGAGAACUUCGCUAUUGUAUAAAAAGGGUGCGUUUGGGGUUACUAUUUCAAGCGGCCUGAAAACUCUUUUCGAGUGUGUCGGUGUCAAGUGGCGGUAUUCUAUGAAUAGUAUACGUCAUCAAAUGGCACCAAGCAAUCUGUCCAAUUCGUAAUUCGGUAGUGUUUUCUCUCCAGUUUAUAUAUAUAUAUAUAUAUAUACAUAAAGUAAAAAAAGUAAUUAAUGUCACUUAGUGUACCCCUAUUUCUCCCACCGCCUCAAAGCUCUCCUCUUCCCCCAUUUCAGUCGCGUCGUAAGUUUUCGUCUUAUAUUUAUCGAGUCUGGCGCAUACAUCAAAGGUUGGAAUUCGUUAUAUAGGACUGAUCCAAUCAUACACUGUUAAUUUUGCAGUUAGAACUGGAUGAUCCGUCGAGAAUCACAGAUUAUAAAAUGGAUGGAUCGCUUUUAGGGGUAAGUGGACUAUUGAUCUCGCGUAAAUGCAUGUGAAUUGCUUUUUAAAUUAAGCUUUCUGAUCACAUCAUUUAGUAAACAUUUACUAAUUUUGUCGAAUAUUUAUAUUUUUCAAUAUCAGCUAUUUAUAUGUAGCUGAUAUUAAAAAGUUGAUAUAGCAAAAAGUUUUUAUGAUUUAUGAGGUGUUUGCAAUUAUAUUUAUUUUUUUAUAUCAUUAUGACAAGAAAUAUUUGUGACAUUGUCUUAAAAUAUAGCAGAUGAUCUCAUGAUCAUUUUAUUAAUUUUAUUGACAGAGAAUUUUAUUAACAUAUUGUUCUGUGCGGCAAAUAUUUAUUUUUAACAAGUAAUAUUUUCUCGAUAUUUAAAUAAUAAGAAAUGCCAUUCUUGGUUAAUUAAACUUGCAGUACAGUCCACAUUAAUCAGAAUGUACGUUAUAUAUAAUGAUUCUCGACUACGGCAAAAGGAUAAAAUAAUUUAUGCGUCAUACUUUCCUGUUACGCCAUUCAGUUAUUUGCCUGCCAUGACAAAAUCAGGAAUGUUGUAAAUUUCGAAAUCUACAUAGAAUGCAAGCGUAUUCGAGAAAUUAGAUAGUUACGUCCACAAUGUCAUACUAAUCACUUAUCAAGGAUCGCAAAUUAGUAUCUGUAGUUCUUACACUGUACUGAAAAAAAUGAUUUGUGUUAAAAAUAUACUUGGUAGUCAGACUAGUGAAUGGUCGAUUGUACCGUUUUAGGCUGAGUUUGGGAUCUUCGUGAAAACUAUAUUGUUGUGCAGGAUAAAGAUCGUUUCAGCAUUGUUAUGCUUCUGGGUAAAAUUCUUGGCGUGAGACAAAUAAGAGAAUUAUGGUAUUUAGCGAGCUAAAUAACUUUGCCAUUGUUUAUUUGCAUCUUUUCGCAUUACUUUUAUUGCCAUAAAAUGUCAGUAAAAUAAAGAUUCCUAAUUUUUAAUGCUUUGAAAAUACGCUUUGAUUUAAAAUUUCAUUUUAAUGCUUUGAUUCUAAAAAUUUUUCUCAAAAUGUCCACGUUUGAAUAAUUUUAUGGUUAUAUUAUUGAUAAUAUUAUUGGUUAUAUUAUACUGAAUAGUUGCUAUAGUUUAGCUUCUCGUCUUUCGUAACGAGAAGAAAGAAAAUUGUAAGAAGGAAGCGAUCUCGUGUAAGCGAAGUCCUAAACGAAGGCCAGAACACAGUUUUAAAUAGAAAACAUCAGCGAGUAAAAAUAGAUAACUUAAUCAGAUGUUUAAUAAGAAAAAUCCCAGUGGAUCUCUGUUCUAAGGUGCAACAUUAUCUAAAUUACAAGGGAUUAUGGAGUUUGUGUGCGAAUGGCUACAAAAUAUUAUAUAUAGCACACUCCGUGUGUGCCUAUAUGUGUGUGUUUAUGUAUGUGUCGUGCGGGCGAGUGUUUAUAUGUGUGCGUUUUGUAUCUGACGUGUAUGUAAAGAUACAUUUACGCCCAUAUAUGCAUGCACGUUCACCACAAGGGUAUUUGUUUUAUGUAUGAUGUAUGAACGUGUUACACAGUUGUACUGUAAGUAUGAAUGUGAUGCGAAGUGAAAAGUAGACACGCGCUUUGCAUUGGAAAAAUCAAUAAGAGAGGGAGAGAGAAAGAGAAACAAAGAGCGAAAGGUAGAGCGAGGGAAAAAAGAAA